AUGGAUGGUAUUCAAUCAUUGCAAGAUCGCAUAUCAAACAUCCAAGAAGGAAUGCAUAAAACAACACGACUAACAUUGCCGCCUAUUCAAAUAAAUAACAUACAGCAACAAAUACAGUACUCCCGACCAGUACCAAUGCUACCACAACAGCAGUUGCCACCAAUAAUGUCUGGUAACCAGGCACCAUCAGCACAUUGGUGCCCACAAACGCACUGGCAGCCACAAUCAUUAGUGCAGUACCCACUACCAUGUUACCAGCCACCAUGUUAUCUACCACCCUAUUAUCAACCACCAUAUUAUCAGCCACCCUAUUAUCAACCACCAUAUUAUCAGCCACCAUAUUAUCAGCCACUCUAUAAUCAACCACCAUAUUAUCAGCCACCAACAAUACAAUUCAUACAGUACAACUACCAACCACAACAACGCUUCUUUUAG